CGGACCGCGGCACACGUCCGUGGGGAAGCCAGGACCGCAGCCCGGCGACAGCCCUGAGGACGACUCCCGCAACGCCCCGCCACCCCCGUUUCCGGGACGCGGGCGCCCACCGCGGCCUCGGAACAGGAAGUGACGUAGCGCUCGGCGGCCCGGAGAAGCCUGACGAGGACCAUUCUAGAAGCAAGGAGAACAAUCGCCCGUCCGGCCGCCUGCUUGUCCAGUCAGAACGUCUGGCGCCCAGACGCCGGCGGCCGGCGCGUUAGGAGCUGGGGGAGGAGGCGACAUGGACACCGCAGCGGGCGUCGAGAAGGCCGCGGCCCCGCCGCCCGGCCCCCAGCGUGCCCAGAGCGGGCAGGGGAGCGCUCGGGUUCCCCCAAAGGAGUUGGCUGUGCUGCUGUGCAACAAAUCCAAUGCAUUUUACAGCCAUGGGAAAUGGAAUGACGCAUUUCUUGCUGCCAAGGAGUGUCUCCAGUGGGAUCCAACCUAUGUGAAGGGAUACUACCAAGCUGGCUAUGCCUUGUUGCAGUUGCUCCAGCCUUAUGAAGCUGCUUGCACAUUUUUUGAGGGUCUGCAACUUCUGCAGAACAGCCAAGACCAAGCACAGGUUCCUGAUUUCCUUAUUGGGAUUUUCACCACUAUGAACAGUGAUUCCAUUGCUUUGCAAAGUUUCUUGCCCUGCUUUGAUCACAUUUUCACCACUGGAUUUUCAACAAAAGUGUGGCAAUCUGUAAUGGAAAAGUUGGCAAAGAAAGGAUUAUGGCAUUCAUUUUUACUUCUGUCAGCAAAAAAAGACCAACUACCAGGACAUCUUCGUGUCCCAGAGUUAUCACUGAAAAGUCUCUUUGAGAAGUAUGUCUUCAUUGGACUUCAGGAGAAAAUGAAACAGGUGCCUGAGGUAGUCCAGUGGCUCAUCUCCAUUGGUGCCAGCAUUGAGACAAUAGGACCUUACCCUCUGCAUGCCCUCAUGAAACUCUGUAUCCAAGCAAAGGAAAACCAACUUUUCAGGUGGCUAAUGGAGCACAAGCCCGAAUGGAAAGGACACAUCAACCAGAAAGACGAGACUGGCCGCACUGUCCUGCACAUCGUCGCUGUCCGCUCCUCAGGGUAUCUCAUCAAGCGACAAACGGAAGAUGUGCAGAUGCUCCUGCACUUUGGUGCAGACCCCACUCUUCUGGAUCAACAGUCUCGGUCUGCUGUGGAUGUCCUGAAAAGGAGUAAGAACUUCAGAGCCAUCGAGAAAAUCAACAGUCAUUUGAAAAAGCUGGCUACCCGUUCUGUGGACCUAUCAGAAAUCCCUCCUGACCUGGUCUGUGACAUCAAUCAAGACUGUGCCAACAGCUUCAUCAAAUUCUUGCUGGAAAAACAGAAGUGGCCUGAAGUGCUUCGGUUGCUGACCCGCCAAGUCACUGGGGAGCUGCCUCUUGGAGAUUGCUUCAUCAAAGACUACAACUUCUCAGACCUCGACAUCUGUACCAUCAUCCCCCACCUCAGCGCCUGGGACCAGCGGAAGACACAGCUCCUGGGCUGCCUGAUAGACAACGGAGCCUUGCCUGAGGGUCUCCAGGAGGGCCAGGAGAGGCCACUCCCCAUGUGCCUGAAGUGCGAGGACUUCGAGUUGGCUUUUCUUCUCCUGAGCAAGGGUGCAGACCCCCGUGGAAUUUCUCUCCUGGAAGGUGACACUCCUUUGCAUGCAGCGUUCCACAUCUUUCUAGAAAUCAAAGCUGACAUCGGUUUUAACUUCCUCAGGCACCUGUUGGAGCUGUUCUGGACUAACCCAACCAAAUUUUGCUACCUCAGCCCCAACAUCCAGGAUGGCCAUGGGAACACCCUGAUGCACAUCCUCUUUCAGAAGGGCACACCAAAGAGCAUGAAAAAAGUGAUAGAGCUGCUGGCAAAGUUUGACAUCAACUUCAACCUAAAGAACAAAGAAGGCAAGGACGCACGACACCGGAUUAAGAAGAAUGACCCUCUGCUAAUUGCCUGGAACAAAGCUGUGACUGACAGCAAGAGGAAGAGCCGGCAGGACUCUGCUGCCCUCUCGGGUAAUUACUCACAGCCCACUGCCUCUGGUCAUAUGUGUCAACCCAUGAUCCAGAGUUCAUUGCCGUGCAACGCCAUUGCUGGAAUCCUGUCGGAAGAAGAUAGGAUUCCUGGUAGCUGGGAGACUCUCCCGGCUGCCCUAGUGAUGAGGCAGAAGCCUGAAUCCAUCAGACCACACUCUUUAAGAGAUUGCCUUCUGCAGGAUAUCACAGUUUUGAUUCAGCAGGUUGAAUUAGAUAUGCCCCACCCAGAGGACUAUCCUCAGAGAUCUGAGCCUCAGAAGGAAGAAGCCAGCAUAAUAAGAAAGAAAGACAAACUCCAGCAAACGCUGGGAAACUCUGACUAUAAAGAGAACAGUCCUGCCAUCCCCAAGGCAGGGGAAGCACAUGCUCAGACAUGCCCUGGGGACUCACAGCUCAUUCCUGUUGGUAACAGAAGGAGGAAGGGCAAGACUGACCAAGGCUGGAGCAUGCGGGAAAUUGAGGUCUACUUCCAGAGCUUUGAUAACAUGGCCUGGGAUAUUGAGUGCACUUCGGAAAUGCUGAAGAAACUGUCCAGUAAGGUAAUGACCAAGGUCAUAAAGAAGAAAAUCAUCCUUACCGUCCAGAAGCUGGGGAAUGGAGAGUGGACCCAGGGCUUGCAGAAGCGACUGAAGCACCUGAAAGGAAGCAUCCAGCUGUUCGAAGCCAAGCUGGACAAAGGAGCCCGGAUGCUCUGGGAGAUUGCUGUUGACUCCUCCCCUCGACGCAGUGAUAAUCCAGAGAAGAACAUUACCAUGGGGCGCAACACAUACACCAUAGGAAAGUCGGAACAGGUCUACACUGAGAUCAUCCGCAUCUGGGAUAUCGUCUUGGAUCACUGCAAACUAUCUGAUUCUAUCAAGGCCGUCUGCAGUGCCUACAACCGGGGCUUGUCCUGUGUCCUGCAGAAGAAGCUGAAGGGUGUCAAUAAAGGCCAAGUGUCAGCGAACAAGAAAAUCCAAAAGUAUAUACCCCGUUGCUUUGUGGAGGAUACAGAGCAGGAGAAAGUGUGUGUGGAUCUUGAGAACACUCCCCCGACCAGUGUGGUGGGGACAGAGUAUAAUGCCCUGAAGUUUCAUAGGUUCGGCACCAACACAGUCUUCAGCAUCCUCAAUGACACGAUGGCCCCAGUGGAGUGCCCCUUCCGCCUGGGGGAGCUGGAGUACUCGGUGAUCAACCUCAACCCCAGGCCGCUGGAGCCCAUCAUCCUCAUUGGGCGGAGUGGCACUGGGAAGACAACCUGCUGCUUGUACAGGCUGUGGAAGAAAUUCCACAUAUACUGGGAAAAAGCCGAGCAGGCAGGAAGUCCACUGCUGACCAAACAGAUCUGGCCAAAGAGAAAGUUGAAGGUGGGACUUGGAAAAGAGGGUCUGGGCAGGGAGGAAAAGGAGGAGGAAGAAGGUGAGGAAGAGCCAGGUUCCACUGAAAUGGAAACGGCAGAUCCUCUAGAUGAGGAGCAGGAGAGGGGAGCCUGUGCGGGCAGGGCAGGUGUGGAGUGUGGCCAAGCAGCGGAAGGAUGUGCUCCAAGACACCCCCGUCAGCUGGAGCAUUUGCAUCAGAUCUUUGUGACCAAGAACCAUGUCCUGUGCCAGGAAGUGCAGAGGAAUUUCAUUGAGCUGUCCAAGGUUACCAAAGCCACCAGUCACUACAGACCACUGGGCCCCCAUGUGCACAAGCUCCAGGACCUGAGGGAUGAGAACUUCCCUCUGUUUGUGACCUCUAAACAGAUGCUCCUCCUGCUUGAUGCUUCUCUGCCGAAGCCAUUUUUUCUGAGAAACGAAGAUGGAAGCCUGAAAAGGAGCAUUACAGGAUGGUCCACACAAGAAGAGUUGCUCAUCCCAAGUUGGCAGGAGGAUGAAGAGGAGGCUGAGGCAGAUGGGGACUACAGCGAGGAGGACAAAGCUCUAGAAACACAGCCAGAUGACGGUGACCCCCGGGUGUACGUGACGUUUGAGGUGUUCACCAAUGAGAUAUGGCCCAAGAUGACCAAGGGGAAAACCUCCUACAACCCUGCACUGAUUUGGAAAGAAAUAAAGUCUUUUCUGAAAGGUUCUUUUGAGGCCCUCAGCUGUCCCCAGGGGAGACUCACCGAAGAAGCGUAUAGGAAGUUAGGGAGGAAGCGCUCCCCCAAUUUCAAGGAAGACCGCAGCGAGAUCUAUAAACUCUUCUGCCUGUAUCAGCAGAUCAGGUCCCAGAAAGGUUACUUCGAUGAAGAGGAUGUUCUGUACAACCUGUACCGCAGGCUGUCGAAGCUCAGGGUGCUCCCAUGGUCCAUCCAUGAACUCUAUGGUGAUGAGAUUCAGGACUUCACCCAAGCUGAGCUUGUGCUACUGAUGAAAUGCAUCAAUGACCCCAAUGCCAUGUUUCUCACUGGAGACACAGCCCAGAGCAUCAUAAAGGGCGUGGCCUUCCGCUUCAGUGACCUGUGCUCGCUGUUCCACUAUGCCAGCACAAACACCACAGACAAGCACUGUGCUGUCCGGAAGCCUAAGAAGAUCCACCAGUUAUACCAGAAUUACAGGUCCCACUCAGGAAUCCUCACUCUGGCAUCUGGAGUGGUGGAUUUACUUCAGUUCUAUUUCCCAGAAUCUUUUGAUCGCCUUCCCAGGGACUCUGGCCUCCUGGAUGGCCCCAAACCAACUGUCCUGGAGUCUUGCAGUGUAAGCGACUUGGCAAUUUUGCUAAGAGGGAAUAAAAGGAAAACCCAGCCCAUUGAAUUUGGAGCCCACCAGGUAAUCCUUGUAGCCAAUGAAACGGCUAAGGAGAAAAUUCCAGAAGAGCUGGGGUUAGCACUUGUACUAACAAUUUAUGAAGCAAAAGGCUUAGAAUUUGAUGAUGUCCUCCUUUACAACUUUUUUACUGAUUCUGAGGCUUACAAGGAGUGGAAGAUCAUUUCCUCAUUCAGACCUUCAUCAUUGGAUUCCGGAGGUAAAAACCAACCCUUAGCUGAAGAGCCCCUGGAGAAACCAAGUUCCUCUCGGGGUCAUUCUAUCAAGGUGAAUCCAGAAAUGUACAAGCUCCUUAAUGGAGAGCUGAAGCAGCUAUACACUGCCAUCACACGGGCUCGUGUCAACCUCUGGAUCUUUGAUGAAAACCAAGAGAAACGGGAUGCUGCUUUCAAAUAUUUCAUUGAAAGAAAUUUUGUCCAAGUUGUGAAGACAGAUGAAAAUAAGGACUUUGAUGAUAGCAUGUUUGUUAAGACCUCGACUCCUGAGGAGUGGAUUGCCCAAGGAGAAUACUAUGCCAAGCACCAGUGCUGGAAGGUUGCAGCCAAGUGUUACCAAAAAGGAGGUGCAUUUGAGAAGGAGAAGUUGGCUCUGGCCCACAAUACUGUCCUGAACAUGAAGUCUAAGAAAGUCAGCCCUAGGGAAAAGCAGUUGGAGUAUUUGAAACUGGCUAAGACAUACUUGGAAUGCAAUGAGCCAAAGCUGUCGCUUAAGUGUCUGAGCUGCGCCAAGGAGUUUCAGCUCUGUGCCCAGCUGUGUGAGAGGCUGGGAAAGAUAAGAGAGGCGGCCUAUUUCUAUAAACGAAGCCAGUGCUACAAAGAUGCUUUCAGAUGCUUUGAGCAGAUUCAGGAAUUUGAUCUGGCUCUCACAAUGUACUGCCAAGAGGAGCUUUUUGAAGAAGCGGCUAUCGCAGUGGAAAAGUAUGAAGAAAUGCUAAAGACCAAGACUUUCCCCAUUUCUAAGCUCUCUUACUCUGCCAGUCAGUUUUACUUGGAAGCUGCAGCAAAGUACCUGAGUGCAAAUAAGACUGAGGAGAUGCUGGCUGUCCUGUCCAAGCUAGACGUAGAAGACCAGCUAGUGUUCCUGAAGUCUCGGAAGUGCCUCGCGGCAGCUGCAGACCUGCUGCACAGGGAAGGGCGGAGAGAAGAGGCUGCCGUGCUGAUGAGGCAGCACGGUCACCUCCUGGAGGCCGCCAGGCUCACGGCUGACAAGGGCUUCCAGGCCUCCUGUCUCCUGGCGGCUGCUCGCCUCAAUGUGGCCAGAGAUUAUGACAUCGAACACACCAAGGUCAUCCUGAGGGAAGCACUUGGUCUCUGCUCUCAAACCAGCCAGUUGUCUGGCAUUGCUGAGGCCCAGUUUCUGCAGGGAGUGAUCCUGAAAGACUUCCAGAAGCUCAAGGAUGCCUUCCUCAAGUUCGACAUGCUCAACCACUCAGCCGGAGUGGUCGAAGCGCUGUAUGAAGCAGCCAGCCAGUGCGAGGCUGAGGCUGAUAAGGUUCUGGCCCUGGCCCCGGUGGGCUUGGCAGUCCUCCUCAGACUGGUCAGGGCCCUCCAAAGGGUGACUACCAACGCUGAGAAGGAAAUGGUCAAGUCUUGCUUUGAGUUUUUUGGAAUUUCUCAGGUGGACACCAAGUACUGCCAGAUAGCUCAGAAUGACCCUGGGCCCAUAUUAAGACUAGUUUUUGACCUGGGUUUGAACUUGAGAGAGAAGAAAACUAACGACUAUUUCUUGAUAAUGACUGAACAAGUGAAAUUAGCGCUAAACAAACACCUUUUGAACAGGCUAUGUCAAAUCACACGGAGCCUGCUUGGGAACACCUACCCUGGGGUCUGCAGGAGGUUUAUUGUAGGCUUAAAAUGUGAGAAGGAGAGCUGUGAAGAUUUCCACAGGCCUCUGCGGCGCUGUGAGGCCAAGUGUUUGGUUCAGUCAAAAACACACCUGGUGGCAAUCAAUGGAUUGCUUUUGGAAGCCAAAAAAGUAUUCCCCAAACUCUUAGCUGAAGAACUUAAAGAGAUCGACUGUAUUCUGUCCACAGACGUGUAUGGCUUUUGCAAAUCCUUCCUCAGUGUCCUCUUUCCUAAGCAUUUCCAUCCGAGAGUACUGUCGGAAAACCCUAUGGCUUGCAAAGAAGUCCUCAGGCUGAGUCAGGCAUCCUUCCGAUACUGCAGGUCUGCCUUGAAAGAGUAUGUCCAUGCUCUGUUCCAGAGUGAAGGGGCUUGCGGCCGCCGCGAAUCCACGGACCUGUGGCUGAGCGCCAUGCAGGCUUUCCUCCUCUCCUCGCAGUACCCAGAGGAGUUUGAAAAGCUGCUCCACCAGGAGGAGGACAGCUACAACCAGGAACUCCGAGCUCUGGAGUCGGCAAAAGAGGACAAGGGUGGGGGGAGAGGCAGCAGGGCGAAGAGAAUAGAAGGGAAGUCCGGCAUGCUGGUUCCCAGCAGGGACGACGCGAGCGUGGGGAGGAGCGCCCUGUGCUUCAUCCGGCUGCUGGAGAGCUGCAUCGACCAGCUCUAUGUGCACAGGAACCCGGAGGGCUACAAGAAGCUCUUCUUCCGCUUCAUGAACGUUCUCAUCAGGCGCUGCAAAGAACCGCUCAUCCCCAGCGUUGGAAACACAGUGGCCUUGCUGGAGGCCCAGUUUGUCCACUGCGCGGUGGUGCUGGCCCGCCUCUGGAAGAAUGGCGUGCUGUGCCUCCCCAGGAGCUACAUUGCGCUCUUGCACUACUGGGAGUUCCUGUUCUGCAAAAAGGACAAGGAGUUCGGGGAUGUUUUCUCCAUCAUUCAGGAGUACAAACCCAAGGACGUGGCCAAAGCCAUUCAGGAUUUCCGGUUCCACCUCUCUUACCUCGUCAAGGUGCUGUGUGGCUGCGAGAACGUGCACUUCAACGUCAUGCUUGAUGCCUUCAGUGGGAUAGCCCGUGUGGUCUCGGGGGAGGCUGAGCGGACACUGGUGCUGUGCUUGGUGCUGCUGGUGAAUGCCCAGGACGUCCUGCAGCCAUUCUGCAAGCCUCUCCUCUGCCGCCAUUUCCAGGAGAUCGCGCGGCGGCUGCAGCUGAUGCGGGCGAGCUGUCCGGGCCAGGUCCCCGAGCGGCUCCUCAGGGUGGUGAGGCGGGUGUGCGUGGCGGUCAGUGUGAAGUCUGUGGUGGAAGCAUUGCAGGAGCUGCUGUAUCAGCGAGAUGAAGAGUACCUGAUGGACUGCCGGUGGCGCUGGGACGGUGCGCACGCCAAAGGCUCCGUGGUCCGUGGUCUCUCUCAUGAAGAAGUCAAACUGAGCAGGUUGCUCGCUAUGGAGCCUGUGGUCUACUUUGCAGAACCUGAGUGCGAGUAUGGUCAGGAUGAGGCAGAUGAGCUAGCAGUAGGAGACCGCGACCCCCUGCUGGCCGCCAUCCUUCUGCAGAAGCAGCAGAAGGCCUCCGUCCAACGCAAGCUGAGAAGAGUGUGCCUGGUGGUAUCUCUGUGCGUCAGCUGGAGGAGAAGCGUGCAUGCCCAGGCAGAGGCCACCAUGGAGGAGGCCAGAGAGCCUGGAGCUGGGAACUUUAAAAGGGCUGAUGUGGACAGGACCCAGUGUGACCUGUGUGGGGUGAAGUUUACCCGUAGCCCUGAGAACUAUUUCAGCCCCAGCAAGGCAUUCGGGGGAGCGACUCCAGAGGCUGUGGCCCUCUGCAGGGCCGAGCCGGAAGGGGAGGAGUGUCCGGAGAGGAAGAGCGAGUCUUACGAGCAGCACAUCCACCUGGAAGGCCACAGGCGGCAGCAGGCGGCCUACCAGAAGUAUGCAGAGUUCUUCCGGGAGACGGUGGACCCGGCCAUUGACGAAGGGAAGCUGGUGGUGCAGGACAUCGAGCAGAGCGUUUGGAUCCGCAGCCACGUGGGUUCCAGAGAGCACAGCCGGAUGCUGCAGAGGAAGAUUCAGGAGCACAUCAGGAGGGUUCUGGACAUAGUGGAGGACCUCUACAGGAGGAAGGCCUGGGCUGGAGCGGAAGAGGUGAUGACUCGGCUGGUCAAGAGCCUGAGCGUGGCAGUCAGAAAUGCGCAGGAGUGGUUGAUGAGAACAGAGGUCCGCCUGAAGGAGGAAGGUGUUGUUGAGAAAGAUGAUUAUGAAAAUGAAGUUGAAGACUUUGGUGAGCUCCGUCCUAGAAGAUGUUCACGGAAGUGUGGAAAGCAGAGAAAAUACUAAGGUUGCUACCGUUGCUGCCUCCUAAACCCUCAGAGUGCUCCAUCCAUUAGAAAGAAAGAAUAUAAAUUAGCUUAAGGAAGCUCAGGGGAGACUAGUCACACCUUUGCUUUUGUCCUCCUUGUCUUCUCUUUUAGGUGGUUUAGGGUGUGGUCGCUCCCUGCCCUCGGAGACCUGUUCCAUGUUUCCGAGUUAGAGUCUAGCAGUAUUAGAUGUCCCCAGACACAUCCAGGUCGGAGGAGUCAUAGCUGAAAGGAACACUGUCCUCGUCUCCACAGAGCUCCCGCUGCCUGGCUGGCUUCUGUGGUGACGAGUCGGUAGCCGGGGACCGGGUGUUCCAGACACUCUGCACCUCAGAGUUGCUACCACUUUGGGCUGGGAAAGGCCUACAGGCUCCCUCAUCUGCUGUGACCCCGCUGCAGCACAGCAUAGCACAGGAGCUCGUGCAUCGAGGGGCCCAGGAGGCAGCCUGUCUAGGCAUCUCCAGGCCCACCUGCAGCGCAGCUCCUUCUGCUACAUUUGUUAGCCUUUUCUCUCUCUGGCGCCUGCUCUCGGCCAUUCUCAGCUGCCUGUGCAAGUCAUGGUUUGACUGCACAGAAUGUAGCCAAGAAUUCACCCAGCAUCCUGUGGCCGUCCUUUGUCUCUGGGGAAUGUUUCUGGGGGCGUUCCCAGCUGGCCUCUCUCUGCUUGGCUGUGGUGCAGACAUUGUGAAAAGUGCUUUGUAGGCAGCCUUGCACGUCUGGUUUUCUUGUUGGCCACUUUGGCCUAGGUUGACAUUCUCUUAAGCUUUCACCAGGUGAGGUUGCCAUUGUGGGACAGUGACCUGCCAAGCUGCUGGCUGGGAACGGUGGACAGAGGAGGAAGCCAGCUGUCAGUGCCAGUCCGUUGGGAUUGGGCUGCGUGCGAAUCACUGCCAUUUGGCUGGUGGGCCCUGUGAGAGGGGCCGAGGCACAGGCCUGUUUGCAGGAAGCCGUUGUUCUCCCCUCCACCCAGUGCGCCAGCAGUGACCUGUAUGGCCCCGUCUGGGCAGCCAUCGUGCGCUCUGGUGGUCCCUGCGCACCCUUUUCACAGUCCUCAGCUCCAUCAGGGUGAAACGUCAGGCUCGCUUUGGUCUUUGAGUGUUUUGUCCUUGCAACAGAAUCAACUUUUCCUCCACGUUGCUUCUACUUUUGCUGCGUGUUGUUCUCCCGUACUUUUCUUUCUAACUGACCCGGUUUCCUUGCAGUGUUCAUGUGUGUAAUUUUUAUUAGGUCAGGUUUCUAACUUUUAUUCCAGUUGUCUUUUAUAAACUUUACUUGGCAGAAACAAAAAGAAAAAAAAAUACCCUAUCAAAUCUUGUAGUAUUAUCACGUUUUUAUAAAGUUCAAGCAUUUCUCUUG